AUGGCGGAGGAAAUACUUCUGGAAAGCGAUGGAAAACACGGCACGCAUCUCACAAAGCCUCUGCUGGCGGUGGCUUUCCUGGCCUCGUUCGGCAGCUCCAUGCUCUAUGGCUUCAACUUGGCGGUCGUCAACUCACCAGCACAGUACAUCAAAAACUUCUACAAUGAGACGCUGACAGAAAGUUACAACUGGAUUCCCGAUGAGAGGCUCCUCACCAUCCUGUACUCCGUCACCGUGUCCAUCUUCGCUAUCGGUGGGAUGACGGGGGCCCUGCUGGUGGGCAAACUCGUAACCAAAUUUGGAAGGAAAGGGACGCUGGUGAGAGCGACUGUGCUGGUGUUUAUAGGAGGAGCUCUUAUGGGCUUCAGCAGAAGCUGCCGGAUGCCUGCGAUGGUCAUUUUGGGACGAUUCAUCACAGGAGUACACUCAGGUAUCUGCCUAAGUGUGGUGCCGAUGUACCUCGGUGAGAUCGCCCCCAAGAGCCUGCGAGGCUUCCUGGGCCUCGUUCCCAGCAUCCACAUCUGUCUGGGAGUCUUCAUCGCUCAGGUCCUGGGACUCCAUGAACUGCUGGGAAAGGAAGAGCACUGGCCUCUGCUCCUGUCCCUCAUAGUGUUCCCCACCAUGAUCCAACUGAUGCUGUUGCCAUGGUUUCCAGAGAGUCCACGGUACCUGUUGAUAGAGAAGGGAAAUAUUCACGCCACCAUAGAAGCUCUGAAGUGGUACCGCCCUAAAGGAAACAUCCAGGCGGAGGUGGAUGAGAUGCAGGAGGAGCAGCGCUCUCUGUCCUCUAUCCACACCAUCUCCGUUUGGGGCCUGCUCAGGGACCGCUGUGUUCGCUGGCAGGUCAUCACCAUCAUGGUGCUGAACAUCGGCAUGCAGCUGUCUGGCAUCGAUGCGAUUUGGUUCUAUACAAAUGACAUAUUUAGGGACGCAGGAAUCCCUGAUCUUAAUAUUCAGUACGUAACUGUGGGAACUGGUGCCAUUGAGGUCCUCUCUGGGAUGCUGGGGUGCUUCACUAUCGAGCGUGUGGGCAGAAGGCCUCUCAUCAUUGGCGGCUUCCUCUUCAUGGGUAUCUGCUGUGCUGGGAUCACAUUGUCUGUCCUCUUCCAGGCGCAGAUGGCCUUCAUGCGCUACAUCAGUGUCGGCUGUGUUGUUGGGAUCAUCGCUGGCUUCUGCAUAGGUCCAGCUGGUGUGCCCUUCCUGAUCACUGCAGAGCUUUUUAAGCAGUCUCACCGACCAGCUGCCUACACGGUGGCUGGUGUCCUCAACUGGAUGUCCAACUUCACCAUCGGCUUCGUCUUUCCCUUCCUAGAGAUGACUAUGGGCCCUUACUGUUACCUGAUUUUCUGUACCAUCUGCUUGGGAGUGGCCCUCUACACCAUCUUCGUUAUUCCUGAGACCAAGAACAAAACUUUUAUGGAGAUCAGCCAGAUGUUUGCCGCCAAGAACAACAUCCUGGAAGAAGAGCUGACCUCCAAUGGGCAUCUCAAAAUGGCUGAGAUGAACGGCUAUGGAACGCUUGGCCUCCACAGCUAA